GUUGCCCGUUCUCUCUUUGGCUUCACUGCGGCUACAAGGCUGAGGUUCUGCACGAGAUGGCCAGCCUGGCCGUGCCAGGGAUAAAGAUGGCAGCCCCCAAGUGGAAGCUGGUGGCAGGACUGUUCGCCCAUCUGCGCUUGAGGGCCCCGGCGGCAAGGUGGCUCUCGGACCAGGCGGUCCCCCAGCCCUUGUGGAACUUGGGGCGGCUCAACCACGUGGCCAUUGCUGUGCCCGACCUGGGAAAAGCCUCUGCGCUGUACAGGGACGUGCUGCGAGCCCGAGUGAGUGAGGUCGUUCCCCUCCCUGAGCACGGGGUCUACACGGUCUUUGUGGAGUUGGGGAACACGAAACUGGAGCUUCUUCACCCCCUCGGAGACAAGAGCCCCAUUGCUGGCUUCCUGCAGAAAAACAAGGCUGGAGGGAUGCAUCACAUCUGUCUUGAGGUGGACAACAUCACCAACGCCAUAGAAGAGCUGAAAGGGAAAAGGAUCCGUGUGCUGAGCGAUAAACCCCAGAUCGGGGCUCACGGAAAGCCCGUGGUUUUCCUUCACCCCAAAGACUGCGACGGGGUCCUGGUAGAACUUGAGCAAGCCUAGGAGAAGGGGAUUCACCCCACGUUGCUCGAGCAGAGCCCUCCGUGGCACAUACGUGGGGUGCUCCAGCUGCGCUCUGGGGCUGCCCAUAACUUCGGAGCUUCUUUUGAAGGGGCAUGUGCAGGAUUGCAGGGGAGCAGGGACAGAAAUCCAUGCCACAGAAGGAUCCAGUUCAUCGGUGGGCAGGCCUUGGGAUGCACCCCAAUAAACAAAUACCAGCGUAACAGGAAA